GCGCAGCGCUGGGCACGGAGCCCCGACCCCGCUAUGCCGCACUCGGUGGCCCUGCGCGGCCCCUCGCCGUGGGGCUUCCGCCUGGUGGGCGGUAAGGACUUCAGCACGCCGCUGACCAUCUCCAGGAUUAACCCUGGAAGUAAAGCAGCCCUGGCCAACCUGUGCCCUGGAGACAUCAUUCUGGCCAUUAAUGGGGAGAGCACGGAAGCCAUGACGCACCUGGAGGCACAGAACAAGAUCAAGGCAUGCGUGGAGCAGCUGCUGCUGUCUGUGAGCAGAACUGAGGGGAGGAGCUGGUCACCACCCAUACUGGAGGAUGGGAAGGCACAAGCUUACCGCAUCAACAUCGAGCCUGAGCCGCAGGAUAACGGCCCUGCAGUGGGCAAGAGGCCCGUGCCCCACGCUGCAGGUGGGAGCCCAGUGGACAGCAGGCAGGCACUGAGCCUGCAGCACUGCCAGCCCAGCCGGCCGCAUGCCAGCAGCAGCGCCGAUGCUGCCUUGCCGCUGCAGCUCAGUGGGCUGCACAUCUCUCCUUCCCAAAGCACCGACCCCUUAAAGUCCCUCCCACGGAACAGAAACGGGAUCGACGUGGAGUCAGAUGUCUACAAGAUGCUCCAGGAUUACGAGAGGCCUGCCUCAGAGCCCAAGCAGUCGGGGUCCUUCCGCUACCUGCAGGGCAUGCUGGAGGCUGGGGAGAACGGUGAAAAACUCGACAGACUGAGCAACCCUCGGAGCAUCAAACCUCCAGGACCAAAGCUUGGCUCUGCCAUGUCUGGACUGCAGAUGCUCCCUGAGUGCACGAGAUGUGGCAAUGGGAUCGUGGGAACCAUCGUCAAAGCCCGCGACAAGCUCUACCACCCCGAGUGCUUCAUGUGCGACGACUGCGGCCUCAACCUGAAGCAGAGGGGCUAUUUCUUCAUCGAGGAGCAGCUGUACUGCGAGACCCACGCCAAGGAGAGGGUUAAGCCCCCUGAGGGCUAUGACGUGGUGGCUGUUUAUCCGAACGCUAAAGUUGAACUCGUCUAAACCCAGGGCUCAGACGGCGCUCGCCCACCCGCACGCACGCCGCUGGCUUCGCAGAGUGGCUGUAAUCAACCCCGAUUACUGCAGCCCGACUCAAAUGCCUUUCUGUAGAUAAAACCGUUUACACUUGGGAUCUCCAGGGGAUGGUGUUGAAAGCGUAGGAACAGGUUUUUCCCUUCUCUUUGACACUUUUUUUUUAAUUUUUUUUUGGGGGGGGGGGAGGGUGCUGUGCUGGGUUAUUAGUCUGUGCCUUAACCUUAUCCAGGAUCUGUAUAAAUAUUGAUUCAUUCUCUUUUUUCCCUAUAAAACCAGGAUUCCUUCCCUCCCCCCACUGUCAUUUAAAGGAAGGAAGGAAAGCUCAAAGAAAAUAAGGCACUUUACCUACUACAAAGAGCUGCCUCCUGUACUGCAGCUUCAGUCUCCCACCCACUGGUGACUGCUCUGUGCCUCUGCACACCAAGCACCCAGCAAGGCUUGCUCCUGCCUUCCCCGUUCAGUUGCUCUCUCCUGCCUGCCCAGUAGCACAUCUAAAGGAUGCUGAGGCAGUGGGAGCACACCUGGCUGCCCUCCUGCACCUCAGUCCCCCUUGCUCCUCACAGCAAGGUGCUCUGCUUCUAUCCUUGCUUUGACCUUUUGUUGGGUUUUUUUGCAGAACUCCCCCCUGCCCUUACGCAGCAGCUGGGGAUGGGGUGGCAAAACCCCCCCGGAGGUUGGGAGGAGACACAGGAGCUGCUUGGCCCCCGGUCCUGAGCGAGUGGAUGUGACCUGUGACAGAGCUUUCCGUGGGCUUUGUUUAAGGGGGAGAUAAUUGAAGCUCUUGGGAUGCUGUUAUGUUGGAGAAACGUUUUCCACGUUCAUGACUGGAGGAGAGAGGUGCAGUUCAGACACCCUGCUGUCAGAUGCUACCACAGUGAUGGAAGCUGUGUGGUUGGUAGCACCAGGUCCCACAUUUCUGUGGGACAUUUGUGGAAACAUGUGGAAACACAUUUCUGCUUUCUAUGCUUUAUAAAUAAGAAAGCUCCUUCUGUAAAGGCAAAGAGCAUUUCCUUUGUGUUACUGCAUCCCUGUGUAAGGGGCCAGCAGGACUGUGCUGCAGUGGAGCCCCCAGGUGAUGACUCCAUAGGGCAGAUGGUGCUGGGGGGCACCGACCGACCUCUGGGGUCUGUGAGAACCAGCAGUGCAGCCCUAGGGAACAGCCCUAAAAACAAAAGUGGGGGGAAAACACCACCUCUGGGGACCAGAAAACCGAAAGUGAGAUGCUGGGGGUUGGGGAAAUGUCUGCUCCCUUCCAUGGACAGGGAUGGAGAUGGGCACUGCCAUAGGGCUACAGGGAGCUGCCAGCAGGACGUCCAUCCCAGCUCCUUUUGCCAUCUGUGUUUUUCGUUGUCUAAGUACAAGGAAUGCGUGGCAAUGUGAUCACCCAGCUGAGCCUGGGUUUGCUUGUAUUUGCAUAGCCUUGCUCAGUAGGUUGGGCCAGCUGAAUAGAAAUACUUGGGACAGCUGUAAGUGAUUAGGAGACUAAGGCUAAUCAGGUAUGAAGUGUUAUCACCUCUUGUUUGCGGGCCUCUGCUUGGAGCUCGUUAGUUUGCAAUCAGCAGCAGCAUUUGCUCUGACUUUCCUUAUUAACCUCGCUUGUUUCUGGGCUGGCAGCAGUGCUUCUGGAGGAGGGGGGAAGGAGGGGAUGUUGGGCCCAUUCUGUGGUUUGACCAUUAACUGCUGCUCACGGAUCGCUUCUGUUCCCUCUAUGGCUCUGUUUGGAAGGUUGCACUUCACCCAGAGCGGGGCCUGACAGCCCAGCAGGGCUCCCCCACAUCACUGCAGGAGUUGUGCUCCCUAAAGCAGCUCCUCACCCUGCAGCACAGGGAAUGCCCUAAAAACCCCACGAGCUGGAAGCGCCAAAGUGAUGCUGCAGGCACCGCAGCCCCAGGCUUCACCUGCAUCUCUUUAGUUUGGAAGCACAUUACCCACAAAUCAAUGUUUUUUACACCGUUCUCUUGCAAUGCUCAUUCCUACGAGUUACCAACACCUUCCAUCCUCCUGAGGAGCAUAAAGCCAGAGCCACCUCACAGCACUGCACUGUGACAGUGACUCUUGGCACCAAUUCCCCACAUGAUGCCCGGAGCCAGCAUGGGACCUGGCCUUGCCAGUGCCACCUUCUCCCUCUAUUUAACGCUGUAAAACAUUUGCAGGAUGAUGUGGUUUGUAUGAAAUACAAAAUAAAACGGUAUUGUUGGUU